AUGGCGGGCAUUACUCCUUCUCCAGAUGUUAGUCCCGUGUCAGCGGCGACCACUAAUGGAGGAUUCCCUCGGGACGCCUUCUGCCUCAAUCUCUCCACUUUGCCCGAAGCAAACAGCUUUAUCCUAAAAUCUGCUCUGACGUCUCCUCAUCUGCUCGACUCACCGAAUGGACUGUUCUCAGGAAGCGGUGGUCUGAGUAAUUCCUUCAAGAAGCGGCCCCGCAACAUGUCUCAGUCAUCUGGUACAGACAGGGAAAUGUCCAAUGACAACACCCCACCCGCCCAAACAAAUGGAGUUGCGCCUACCAGCAAUGGCACCAACGGCACGAACACGGAAUCACGACCAAGCACCAAAAAGCGUCCAAGUACCGACACAAUAGACUACCCGAGACGCCGUGCAACCAUUGCGUGUGAAAUAUGCCGGUCGCGGAAGAGUCGAUGCGAUGGAACGAGGCCGAAGUGCAGACUUUGUACAGAGCUGAAUGCAGAGUGCAUCUACCGGGAGCCAGGGAUCAAGCUAGACGCAGGCGACAAGCUGAUCUUGGAACACCUCAAUCGCAUUGAAGGCCUCCUUCAAUCUGGCCUUACCAGUAAUUUCUCAUUAUCGUCACAUUCGCCAGCUGCGAGUAAUUCUACAAGCGAAGACUUCCUCGCCCGUAGCACCGGCAAUAUACCCCAUCUCGGCAUGGUCCAGCCGAUCAACGGCAUAGGAACAUGGACCAACCAUCCUUCGAACAUCUCCACUAUGCCGAAAACUCACAACACAGCAGCAUUGAAUCUGUUGUCAUCUCCAAUGAUAAGAGAGCUCGUAUCUCGCCAGUACGACGCCAAGCUUCUGCUUCAGUUGGAGAUGACCCGGGAGUCUGUGAGCCUUGGAACGAGCCGCGGGCUGGACCUUUCAAAUACUGGCGCAUAUGUGCAAGCGUACUUUGAAAGAGUAAAUGUCUUCUACGCGGUCGUCAAUCCUUACACAUGGAGUAGCCACUACCAAACUGCUCUAAGCCAUGGUUUUCGGGACGGUCCUGAAAGCUGCAUAGUUCUUCUGGUUCUUGCUUUGGGUCAUGCUGCAAGCACCGGCAGUAUUACACAACAAAAUCCAGAAAAGGAUCCCCCAGGCUUGGCAUACUUUACCGCAGCCUGGAGCUUGCUACCGACGGUCAUGACAAGGAACAACAUGGUAGCCGCGCAAUGCCAAAUUCUCGCUGCAGCAUACUUGGUCUAUCUUGUACGUCCGGUCGAAGCCUGGAAUGUACUUUCGGGGGCCAGUAUGAAACUGCAACUUCUUUUGAGUGCGCCCGGUCGAGUGUCUCCGGCGGAAGAAGAACUAGGCAGAAGAGUUUACUGGAAUGCUGUGAUGAUUGAGAGUGAUCUGCUAGCAGAACUUGAUCUUCCCCAUUCUGGCAUCGCACAAUUUGAAGAAGGCUUUUCACUACCAACCGGCUUUGAAGAUCUGGGAACAGAAGCAGUUGGUCGGGAUGAAUUGUGGUACUUUCUUGCAGAAAUCGCCCUUCGAAGACUUCUCAACCGCGUGAGCUCCAUGCUAUACAUAAGGACAACACCAUAUUCCAAAGGCCCAGCUGCGACAUCCAUCGCCCAACUAGACCCACUAGUUGUGGAACUAGAUUACCAGUUGAAUCAGUGGUAUGCUGGUCUACCGCCAGCUAUGCAAUUCCCGCUCGAUAGAGUGCCUUUGCAGAACCCAGUUCAGACCGUUCUGAGGCUGCGUUAUUUCGCGUGCCGUACCAUUAUCUUUCGACCGUAUGUGCUUUUGGUCUUGCAGGACGAGACUUUGGCGAUGGAUUCGAGCGUGCAGGACAAUUGCCAUAAAUGUCUGGAGGCAUGCGUCCGCCAACUGGAAUAUAUUACGGCACACCACGCUGGACAUCUACCCUAUUUGUUCCAGGGUGCUCUCUCAAUUAUCUCGCAGACACUACUCAUCAUGGGCGCAACUAUGACCCCUUCGCUAUCUCAGCUACUACCUCCGCCAGCGACCAUGGACGAUAUCAUAAAUAACGUUGUUCUGGAAAUGGAACGAUAUGCUCAUCUCGCACCCAGCCUCCAACUCUCGGCUGAGAUCAUUCGCGAAGCAGAAGGAAAGCGGCAGAUGUGGCUACGAACGGCAGGACUCAAAUUCGAUGUGUGA